AUUUCGUCGUCGUUAAACCCUGUGCACAUCACAUUCGCUCGACCUGUUUGCCCGCAGCGAGAUCGCAGCCGCAUUCUACAGGCACACUUCGGCUCUUCUCAGGCGUACGACAUGGCGACAGAGAGCAAGCAAGCCGCAUAUUCAAUCAAUGACAAGGCCCUGGAGAUUGACCUGACAGCGCAGGAUAUAGUCUGGGAGAAAGACCGACAUGGGGAAAGUCUAAUGUUUCAAAUGUAUGAAGGAGUCCGAUGUGGCUGCUUCAUAGAUCCCGGCAGAGUGAAGAACUUCAAGCUCCGACCUGAUGACAUCUAUUUCCCAGGGUAUCUAAGAACAGGCGGACAUUGGAUAUGGGAGAUGACCUGCAUGCUGAUCAAUGGCAAAGCUGAGACCAUCACCCGGUUUAAGGACUACCUAGAACUAGCCACUGUUGGCGACCUUGACAAACAAGCCUCGCCCCGAGUCCUCAACUGCCAUGCCCACUUGACGCAAGCUCCGUUGGACCUGAAGGAGAAGAAGUGCCGAGUCAUCUUCACGAUGCGCGACCCCAAAGACGUGGCAGUGUCGUUGUACAGGAUGCACCAUGGCCAUCGGGAUGCCGGUGGGAACGUGUACAACGGAACAUUUGAAGACUUCCUCCAGCUAUUCUUGGAGCAAAGGGUAAACAAAAAUGGAAUAUUUGAACACGUCCGGGAUGCUGAGAAGUAUUUCCAAGAAAACCCAGACAUACCUGUUCACUACCAGCUAUACGAGGACACCCAAAAGGAUCCAGUUGCAACGGUGCGCGCUUUAUCCGACUUUCUGGGUCUCCAAAGGGAUGAUGAUCUGUGUUGUGCUAUUGCUGAUGAAUGUCACUUCUCCAAGAUGAAAGUGAAAAAAGAAGCCUACGCAAUGAAGGUUGAUGGUGCAAAUAAUCUUUACGGAAAAGGCGUCUCUGGGGAGUGGAGGAAUUGGUUCACUGAUGCCAUGCUGGACGACUAUUACAGGGUGUAUGAGGAGCACAUGAAGGGGUCCAGAUUCUACGAGAGCUACAACAGACAUAAUGAUACCCAGUAACAAAAGAGUGGGGGCGCUAUGUUCCCUGUUCAAAUAUCAUCUAAAUCUCAGGAAAAGAACGGGCAAUGGUUUUCACUACUUUAUAAUAAUAUAAUAAUUGUGCAUUCAUAAUGCUCUAAACUUCAAUCACUUGGUGGAUGCUCAUAGCGCUAACAAUCUGACUAUUAUUACCCCGGGUAACCCAACCUGCCAGUGAGACGCUAGGUUAUUAGUCACAUGACUAAUCCCACCGGGUACCCAUUUUCUGCUGGAUGAACAGAGGCAAUUUUGAACAAACUCACUUGCCUAAGGUGAGAGCACAUGUAUCACAUGUACUUUGGUGUGGGGCAGGACUGAAGUCCUGGAAACUCUCAGGAGCCAAGCUGCCAAACACGGUCACCCAUCCAAGGACUCCACCCCUCCAUGUACCCUCUCUCAAAAUGUUUACAAGAUUGACGUCAUGAAUAUGUACAUAAGACGGAGUAUAUACAGAAAAGAUAGCAUGAAACAGAGUUUUUAUUAACUUUUACUGCCAGUGUCGUUGAAAUACGUGCAUAGAAUACAUUGUUGUGAUCUCUGAGAUGGCAGCUUCCAUUUGACAAUAUUUAUGUAUCAGGGACGAGUUUAUUUUAACCAACUUCGGCUAUCCUAUUAAACAUUAUAUUUCUUGCUGUUUGACACAAGAAAGGAGAUACAGUCAUUAGCUACAGUGUGCAUUUUGCACUGUUGGUAAUUGAGUUUCGGUUUCCGAAAUAAAGAAACAUUUUCUCUUGUGUAUAGUUUGUUUCACGUAAA